AAUAGUCUCAGUGAGGCUAUCAAUAUCCAUGCCUUCUGCUGACACAGAGUAGUUUACCAUAUCGAUCCCAAUACCUACACGGCUCCGUCACAAGAAGUAAAUAAAUCGGAUAUGAAGCUAUACUAACAAAGCGUUCCCUACAAAGCUAUUCCAGAGUUGAUAAAAAAAUCUGCACGUGGAAGGCAUGGAGUUGCGGAAUGUUAGUUUGACUGUCAUUCCUACCGAUGUGGAAGCAACUAUUGGCUAGGCUGUCGGCAACGUUCGGAAUCGAUCGAUUUUCUUCAGUAUCGGAACUCCUGGACACCAGUCUGAAGCGAUGAGAUCGCCACCUAGCGGCGGGAUGCCGUACUACUGAAAUUGACGUCUGUUGCUUGUAUCGUCUGCUUGGAACUUGUGUCGUCUGCGUUUUCAUCAGUCGUGAUAUGGAGCAAAUCUUUGUCACACAAAGCUGUUAAAGAAGAUCUGGUGUCUGUUUGUGACUGUAUUUGGAUAGAUAUAAUCACUGAGGAGAAUUCAUAUCGUGUUAUGUUAUUUUAGAGAAUAUAUUGCCUUCUUCUUCUCGUCCGCCAUGCGUCGACCACGCUUCAAGUUUCUGCUGGGGAUUGUGCUGGUGUUUCUGUGCGACUGUGGAGUGCUUGCUGUAGAUCUGGACGAAUCCCUGGAAGGAAAUGAUGUGUCGGACAUCUCAGACUUCAUUGACCUUGAUGAUCCCUUCUACGCCCAUGAAACCUCUUCAGAAGUCAAAGGUCAAACAACAACCAAUGUGAAUAUUGAUGCCUUAGUCACAGAGAAGACCACCCCAGUUGCAGUUUCCGGAGGAAAUGACAUCAUUAGUGACGACGACGAUGACCUUGAACUGUCUGGAGCAGGGUCAGGGUCUGGAAUGGAUACUGACCUGAGCGCCCACCAGCUCAACAUCACAACCUUCCCCAUACCCGAAGGAGAGGGCAUCAAGCUGAGCGCUGAGGCCACAACUGCUGAAAGUUCGAAACUUACACCGUCAAAACCAUCGACAUUGUCUACAUCUACAACAGCGUCUACUACAACAACAAAGCCAAUCACAGAAUCAACAACACAAGAUAAGGAGGCCAGGACAACCGCCAGAGAGUUCCCCGAGACGACGUCGCUGCUGCCGACAUCCGCCAUAGUGGACGACAACGAGGAUGAGGACGAAAGAGACGACGGUGCUGCUGACGACUCCAUGGUUGACUGGGCCAUCAGAGGUGGCGAUGAGGAUGGAGACGAGGCUCUGUACGAGACAACCUCACUUCGACCUUCAACUAUGCCAACCACCACCAAAGUCGUUGUCCCGACGGAGAAGAUGAAGGAGAUCCCGGCCCUCCUCGACAUCAUCCAGGAAGCUGGGGCUGGAGACGGUAGUCCAUGUGAUGACGUCACCUGUCUGUACGGCGGCAUCUGCAAGGCUGAUGGAGACAGUGUCGCGUGCGCAUGCUCCAUCAACUGCACUGGUCGAGCCACGCGCCCUAUCUGUGGCAGUGACGGUCAGUGGUACAGAAACAGGUGCGAGAUGCAGCUACAGGCCUGUCAGAGUCAGGACAACAUCACCCCAGACCACAACAAGAAGUGCCAAGACUCCCAGGGUGGAGCCCCGCUAUGCCCCGAGAAGAACGCAAAAGCAAUGUGGGGGAGUUGGUCGCCAUGGGUAGCAUCAGGUGAUGUAGAUAUCCGCUUCCGGUCAUGUGACAUCGACGGGAAUUCUUUGGGCAAGAUGGUGUCGUGCCGGGGUCCUAGGGUCGAGGUUCGAUCCUGCAACAUCCGGGACCAGGGAUCGUGCAGAUCGUGGAAUGGAUCCACCAAUGGGAAGUUCUCGUACAGAUGUGAUGGUGUUGACGUGCGAGACGUCAACAACGCAGAGAUGACGUUUGGCCCAGCAGCGAAUGGAGGAGACUUCUGCCGCUACUCCCUAUACGACCUGAAGCGGAGGAAGAUUGUGUUCUCCAGCUUCAACCUUUCCCAGGUCGUGUCCAAGGGCCAUCUCAGACGAUGGUGCUCCAAACAGGAAGCCUUCUUGGUAUCCCACACUCCUCUGCAUGUCUGCAAGCGCCACCUACAGGACAUCUGCAAGUCAUCACGGAAGUGCAAGGGCUCCAAGCUGGCCCGACGACAGAGGAACCUCGGCGACUACACCCACAGCUGCUGGAAGGACUUCAUCCUCGGCAACAGAAUACCCUCCGGUAUAUCUGACAUCCACUCCACCUUCUCCUUCCUGUGUCAGAGAUUCGCCCCCGACAGCAAGUGGGGGAAGGUAUUCGGACACAAGACGGCAUACUACGGUACUAUCUACGACACCGCCCGCCGUAUCCCCGUUGUGUCCUUGGCCAAGGUCACGCAGCUUGGUGAAGACACCUGGCCAAAGACCGACUUUAUGAUUGAGAGAGGUCUAAUUGAUGAGCCAAUGACGUUCAGCUGGCUGCUCAAGAGGGAGCGCGGUUUGGCCACGAUGUCAGACUCCCUGAAAUGUAACACGGACUGGGACUGUGACCUCGGCAUGAAACAGGCGCUCCCCGUCGACUACGACAUGUCCGGUUACCGAAUCGCGCAUCUUAUGUGGCCAGAGCUCGUCGGAGCUGACGUAGACGCCAAACUUUCGACCUUCACCUUGACCAACGCUGCUCCAAUGCAUCCAUCACUGUACUCGGCCUGGCGCCAUGCUGUCGCGGAGAUAAGGUCUUACGCCAUCAACCACUGCAAGAUUCCCGUCGACGUGGACCCGACGACAGGCCCGUCGCGACCAGAGAUGUAUAUAGCUUCCGGCGCUGUGCCUUCCAAGGACCCUGAGAUCACUAUUGGCAAUGAUGUCCACGUACCCGAUCUUUUCUGGUCAGCAGUCUGCUGUUUCAGGGACGACAAAGUCCAGUCUUUCUCCGUUUACGCCCGCAACAUCGGCGACGACCCCGUCAUUGUGGCUCCGGUGCUGCGACUGGAGUCCAUCCUUCAAGACAUGUACAAGGUCAGGAAGCGGGACGUCAACCUGCGUAUCUUCCCUGCAGGGGAGGGGUCGUGUGCAGAGCUCAGGAAUGACGUGUCACGGUCUAUCAACUUGUAGAUGUGACGGACUAUUUGUUAAAAUCAAACUUAUCAUCGGUCAAAUUAUGGAUCAUUAAGAUGUUAUACAUCUUCCGGUUUAGAAGUAGCCCGAAGAUCAUAUACAGUACUCUUUGUGUUGGAUGUAAACCUUGUGAAACACGAGGAACAGAUGCGGAUGUUGAUGUUGUGAAGGAAUGUUCAUCUGAAGAAUAUAACUGCUUGCCACAAGAUAACCGAUUAGUUUACUCAUUAGGAAUCGUAUCAUGGGAAUUAUACCGCCGCUUCAGUCGGCUGCUGCGUUGUGCUGAUGAUGAGGAAUCAUCUGAAUGAAUUUGUGAGGCACUGGACUGGUCCUCCGUGCAGCGACCAGUGCCCCUGUAGUCGUAGCUUUUGAUGUCGUAAUCGUAAUCAUAUGUCAUGUGACCCACUGGUCAAUCCGGGAGUAGCAGAGGAGACAGAAUACCGUGUGGGUUGUCUCCCUUGUGGUGGAUUGCGGUAAUUCACAAUGGAUGUCUCUCUUUUACGUUCCAAUGUUUCUGUGAUCGGCUUUAGUCCAUGGAUGUUAGAUGCUGAAUAUUUGUGUCUUGAUAUUACCCGGCAAUCCCAGUACGUGACCCAUCAACCAGACAGGUGGCACCGCGCUGACGUGGCGUGUCUCGUUUCUUGACCAGUUGCCGCCAUGUCACAGAGACAGGUAACGCCAAGGCGUACAACCGGCGCAGUUAUUACGUCAUAGUAGUGAUCACGUGAUGAUGGUGUCACGCAACCUUGGUGUUAAAGACAUAGUGACAAUCACCCACAAAGCUCUUGGCAAGGUCUGUCAGCGACAGAAUCUAUCACUCACAAAACAAGAGACUGAAUCUGUCAAGGCAAGAUACAGGGUCCAUGUACAAUUAUUUACUUAUUCAUAUCAGUUGUAUUGGAAGUCUGGUUCGUUGAUACAUAUUUGACAGCUUCAUAUACAUAUAUAUCCCCAUCGUUCUGUAUAUUGAUAUGUGUUACAUGCUGCUAGUCCUCUCUCUGUGUUAAGUGUGUCAUAUGUACAGAUAUCAGUAGACUUGUGUACUCUCCUCAUUCCAACGAGACAACUCACCGUCAUUAAAUGAAAUUGAUAUUUUUAAAUUUAGCGCUCAGCACGUCAAGGAUUUAUUUGUUGCGUGUUUGCAUUGCACUAUUUCUACAGCUACGUGACUGAUGGUGGUUUCAGAAAGGAUGCCAGGUUGCCAGAAGGAUCUAGGCGCGAAUGUCCGAAGGAUCUAGGCGCGAAUGUCCGAAGGAUCUAGGUGACGUCAGAAAGAUCUAGUCAUGUCGGAGUGAUCUCGUCCAUCUCAGAGAAUACUAAGCGCUGUUAGGAUGAUUUGAUGAAAGGCUAACUAUACGUGAUGUGGAGUCUGGGGUGUUUCAAGGUGCGGGGAGUCAUUGGAAGUCAGGAAGACCAGCGUUUUAUGUGAAUCUAGGGAUGUUUACAGAUUUUGGGGGCGUCUGAAGGAACUGGGUAUGAAAUCCAGGCGCGUUUGAAUAUUCAAGGAAGGGUUUAGGACUGGCCUACUGGUUGUCGGGUCUAGGGGGUGUCUGGAGGAUAUGGGGGUUGUUGGGACGGAAUUGGAACCGUCGGGUUGGUCAAGUCUGAUGUGACAAGGGCCUGAGAGAUGUAAAACGUACAGUGAUGGUGAAAGUACAAGUCGAGGAUGUCUUGAGGCAGUAGAUAUAACCAAAAGCUGUAAGCAUACAAACGCAUCGUUGAACACGUUUUAUAUCCAGAAACUUUCGGUUUUGUGCAGUUUUAGUGAGCUACAGAGCACAAGUUCUGCUACCAUCGCAUACAAAUUAAUCCAAUGUUUCCUGAUCAAAACAUGAUACUGCACCGUCAAAAUAACUGCCUGUCAGUCUACUUGCGAGGUUGGAGUGUAUGCGUGCGCAGUGCGAGAGAGCGCCAUCUGCAUGUAGAUCUGUAGCGCGUACAUACACCUGCACUGUUGACUAUUGUACUAGUAGAGAUUGACAUACGACUUCUAGAAGUAGACACUAGUUUGUUUUAUACCAAGGUAGUUCCCCUCGUGUUUCUAUUUAGAUCUGUGAUACAACAAACAUUGGUUAUUAUGUUACAAAAUGCACACUGUUGCUUAUUAUUCCUAUUGUUGCAAUAAAGUAUAUUUCUUUUCA